GAAGCCUUUGCGUAUCAAUUAGUGCGUAGACGCAAUAGACGUGAACGUAGUGCUGGUGAGUGCUAGGCAAAUACACACGCAGGUGGGAAGGGGAAGCGCAUUGUUGACAGGUGGACGGAAAUAUUUGCCCGAUAGCAUAAGAGGAGAUAUGGAUUUAAAUAAAACGGUGCUGUGCGAGAGCCUGAUUAUUUGGCUGCAAACCUUCAAAACUGCAGCCCCCUGUAAGACAGUGAAGGAUCUGACCUCAGGGGCAGCCAUGUCUCAGGCUCUGCAUCAGAUAGAUCCUUCAUGGUUCAAUGAGAGCUGGCUGGCCCACAUUAAAGAGGAUGUUGGAGAUAAUGUGAGACUCAAGAUGAAUAAUCUAAAAAAGAUCAUGCAGAUGAUUGUUGAUUAUUAUAAUGAGGUUUUGGCUCAGCAGAUCACAGAUUUCCCUCUGCCUGAUCUGGUGCGUGUGGUAGAGCAGUCUGAUCAGGUAGAGCUGGGACGCCUCCUGCAGCUCAUCCUGGGGUGUGCAGUCAAAUGUGACAGGAAACAAGAUUAUGUCCAGAUUAUCAUGACUGAUGCACCUCUUAUGAGCAAGGAGACUGUGUCUCAGUUAGGAACAGAAUAUCCUGGAGAUGUUGAAAAACAGUUAAAGAAAGCCUUGGAGGAUCUGACUGAAGUCAUGGCAGAGAAAGAAGAGUUGGCACAGCGCUGUCAGGAGCUCGACAUGCAGGUGACAGUGCUACAGGAGGAAAGGAACAGCUUCCUGGCAGAAAAUGACCUCUUGACUGAUCGAGCCAGUCAGCUUGAUACUUUUGAAGACCCCAGCACUCCAUCAGGGAGGAAGCAAAGCCAGCUACAACUAGAGCUAGAGCAGCUUCUGGAGGAGAACUUCAGGCUUGAGGCAGCUAAAGAUGAUUACCGCAUCCACUGUGAAGAGCUGGAGAAACAACUAGUGGAGCUUCAGCAUCGCACCGAUGAACUGACCAGCCUGGCUGAGGAAUCGCGAUCACUUAAAGAUGAAUUAGACAUAUUAAGGAGCUGCUCUGACAGGGCAGUCAAGCUAGAGGCCUCUGUUGAGACGUACAGGAAGAAGUUAGAAGAUCUAAGUGACCUCAGACGGCAAGUGAAAGUUCUGGAGGAGAAGAAUAUGACCUACAUGCACAACACAGUCAGCCUUGAAGAGGAGCUACGCAAAGCUAAUGCUGCAAGAGCUCAGUUAGAGACAUACAAGAGACAGGGUCAGGAGCUCCACAGGAAACUGUCUGAUGAGUCCCGUAGGGCUGAUAACCUGGCUUUUGAGAUGAAGAAAUUUCAGGAGAAAUAUGAUACUUUACUAAAAGAGAAAGAGAGGAUCAGCAUUGAGCGCGACACUCUCAGAGAGACUAAUGAAGAGCUGCGAUGCACUCAGGCCCAACAGGACCAGCUGUUACACGCAAGAAAGUAUCAAACAGGAAGUCCAAGCCAUGAUAACCUGGCAGCUGAGAUGUUGCCCAUUGAGUACAGGGAGAAGUUCAUUCGUCUGCAGCAUGAGAACAAGAUGUUGCGGCUGCAGCAGGAGGAGUCAGAGAAUGAGCGCAUAACUGAGCUGCAGGAGCUGCUGGAGGAGGCCCGGCGCGGACGCAACCAACUGGACACUGAGAACAGGUUAAACAGAGAAAGAAUCAGUGAACUCCAGCAGCAGGUAGAGGAUCUGCAGAAGGCCUUGCAGACACAAGGAGCCAAACCUGAAGAUUCUCAUCUGAAAAGGAAGCUGGAUGCUCAUAUGGUGCAACUGAAUGAAGCACAAGAUGAAAUCAUGAAGAAGAAAGAGCUGUUGGAGGACCUCCAGCCAGAUGCUACUCAAACCAGUGUGAAGAUGGAUGAGCUGGUUGCAGCACUGAAGAAGAAAGAUGAGGACAUGAGAGCGAUGGAGGAUCGAUACAAGAUGUACCUGGAGAAAGCCCGUGAUGUGAUUCGAGCUCUGGAUCCCAAGCUAAAUCCAGCCUCAGCAGAGAUUCAGUCACUGAAAGCGCAGCUCUCUGAGAAAGAGAAGAAGAUCAUUGCUCUGGAGCGGGAGUGUGAGCAGGCCAAACUGAGGGAAUAUGAGGAGAAGAUCAUUGCUCUGGAGCGGGAGUGUGAGCAGGCCAAACUGAGGGAAUAUGAGGAGAAGUUAAUUGUGAUAGCUUGGUAUAAUAAGAGUUUGAACUUCCAGAAGAUGGCAGUCGAGUCACGGCUUAGCGGGCGAUCCAACUCUCUAGUGCCACCCGGCCAGUCCUUCCUGGCUCAGCAACGUCAGGUGACCAACGCCCGGCGCACCAUGUCUAUCAACGUGCCUGCCACUUCUUCCAAGUAACCUUGUCCUCAGUACCUCCCAGCUUCCUGCUCUUCUCCUUCUUUCCCUCACAUGUACACUCAAGUGACCUUAAGUACACUUCUAAACAAGGGGACAAGCCUGCCAUGAUGAACAUUAGCAUGUCCUCAUGUGAUCACUCUCUACAGUUACACAUGUAUAAUAAUGUACAUAAGGGGCUGAACUCUGAUGAACGUUACUCAGUCAGCACACAAUUAUGUACAGUAGCAGUCUUUUUCACUUUCAGUACUAAACACGCACCUGUAACAGUCUGCAGCAGGGUCACUUCUGAACCAGCAUCCAUACUAAAGGUCACAGGUCAAUCUUUUGUCAGGCUCACUCAGAUUGUGCGGGAAGAAAUGCAUUUAAUGCGUCCUGUAAUGGUAGCAUGCAUGCUUUUGCUAGAAAUGACUUCCAACGAUACACUAUGCAGUAAUGCAGCCGUGGAAUAUAUUUGUAAUCGCGCAGGUAUGUUAUAUAAAACAUUGAAAGUAUAUGCAGACUGCACAUUUUGCCCUAGCCAAUCAAAAUCCGUCGAUCAGGAUGAUAAUGUAUUUGGUGCUGGACACCAAAGUACUUAGUUUGUUCCUAUUACAGUGACUUUCUCAAACAACAACAACAUGCAUUGAAACUACAUUAAUGUAUACAUUAAAAAGUCAUGCAUAUAAUCACUCUAAUUGAUUAAAUCUGAAUCCAGGUGCUUCAUUCAGUCGGUUAUGGUAUUUUAUAUUCAGUUGACUGUGAUAGGACUCUUGCAUGCUCUUUUAACAAGCAGACGGGCCUUUUUUAUCCACUUAAUGUUUCCUGUCUGUGUGAAGACCUCAAGUAUCAGGAUUUUAACACCAGCACAGAAUUAUAGGAGGCCAUAGCAAACUGCUGUGACGGCUUUGAAUGUGUUGUACGCCAUUCUUUAAAUAUAUAUGCGUGACUUGUAAAACAUAGCUGCAUUGUGAAAUGGCUUUUGCUGUAUUGUGAAAAUCUGCUCCUGCUUAGGUUGACCCGACUGAGCUAUCUGCUAAUAGACUAGCUGUUGCAUUUCGAAUAAAACACACUCUGUUUAUGUUGGGAGAUACAGUACUCUUAAUUCAGUUUUAAAUGGUAAGGUUAAUCAUUGCGGUUCUGAUUUGUCUUUUCUGGUGUUUUAUUCAACUAGGCUUUUUGGCCUGUGAUGGGUAAAUGCUAAUGUUUUUUGAAAUGCUAAUAUUUAUGUAUGAUGUGUUCCAAGGAAGAACUCUUAAAUUUGUGUACUCAAUUUUAUGAGCACUGCCAUUGUUUGUGAGAGAUGAUAAAUAAUAAGACUGGAUUCAUAUGGUAUUAGAGUAAUAUUUGGAGUUAAAGAGCACUUGCAGCCUUCAUUUACAUGUGAUGAAUAAACACUCUAAAGUUUGUUUUGCAAUACUGCCUUCUUGCGUUUUAAUGAUCCCAAGGUUGAAGUUUUUACUCACGUCUCACCACUAGAUGGCGACUAAUUUAAACAUUUCCCGCUACGUGUCACUAAUGGUGCUGAAUUUACACACAAUUUUUAAAGAUCUCAGA